AUGGAUCCACCUGCGAGCCAGCGAAGUCUCCCGCCGCAGCCGCAGCCGGUGUCCAACCUCGACGCCAUGUGCGUUUUGGGAGGCGUCGGCUGUUGGUACUUCGCGCGUGAGCAGCUGGGAGAGGCGUGGCUUCUUCGAAUCGGCCCCAACAUACCGGUGCGGCUCCUGGGGGCCGCGCUGAUGGCUUCCAGCGUCUCGUUGAGGAUUUCCGCCAUGGAGUCCUUCCGCCAGCGCAAGACGCCGCUAAGCCACAAGCAGGAGUCGAAGGUGCUGGUGACAGAGGGACCGUUCGCUUGGUCCAGACACCCCAUGUACUUGAGCAUGAUGGGCAACAUCAGUUCGGUCGGCCUGAUGAUGAACUCCUGGUGGGGCGUCGCUGCCUGUCUGCCCUUCGCCGCCUACGUCCACUGCUGCGUCAUACCGGGAGAAGAGGCCUACCUUCGCGAACGCUUCGAGGGCUACCAAGACUAUGCCGACCGGACCCCAAAGUGGCUGCUGCUGUAG